GGGGAGUAGGGAGACUCAGCAUGAGUGCCAAGGAGAGCCAGUGCCGCGCUGACCAACGGCUAGCAAGGAGACGUGCGAAGUGGCAGUGUGAGGUUUCUUGCCUCGGCUGCGUUACAUUUUCGAGUUCAUUGAGCUGAUUCUUGGCAGGGCUUCAGGAUGGUUUUAGGCAUAGUGGGCGCCCUCGCAGGCCUGGUGAGGGUGAGGUACUCCCAUACCUACGUGGACAGCCUGGUCUUCCGCUUCCACUACCACUGGACCUCAGCCUUCUGCUUCCUGGCCUGUGUUCUCGUCACGGCGGCGGACUUCGUAGGGGAUUCGAUUCUGUGUUUGGACGGGUUCGAGGAAGCGCCCAAGCCUGUCACGACCUACUGCUGGGUGAAGUCCACUUUCACCAUCAACUCUACAAGGCCUGGUCUCGGAGGCCUCGGCAACUACAACCCUGAGGCCCACGAAAAAAGGAUCCAUGGCUAUUACCAGUGGGUCCCUCAUGUCCUCUUUCUGCAGGGAAUCCUCUUCUACCUUCCUCACUUAGUCUGGAAGUCCUACGAAGGAAAGCAAGUGGACCAGCUGUUGCAGGGCCUCAACAAGAGUCUCUUUGACGAAGACGAAGAACAAAAGAAGAAGAAUAUCGUCGAGUACCUCUCCGAAUCGUGGGGUUUGAACAACCGAUAUGCCUUUGGUUACCUAGGGUGCGAGGUUCUCAACUUCGCCAACGUGCUGGGCCAGAUGUUCCUCAUGGACCGUUUCUUGGGCGGUUUCUUCAUGGACUAUGGCACGAAGGUGAUCCAAUUCCUGGUUUCCGACGACAAGAUGCGAACGGACGCCCUGUACGAGGCGUUCCCCCGCCAGGCCAAGUGCACGUUCCACCAGUUCGGAGCUUCGGGGACCAUCAAGAGGCUGGACUACCUGUGCAUCCUCCCUCAGAACAUCAUUAACGAGAAGGUGUUCCUCGUCAUGUGGUUCUGGUUCGUUGUCCUCGUCUCACUCACGUCCAUGCAGCUGAUCUGGCAGCUGCUGGUCCUGUACAGCCCCCUUCUGCGCCUCCGGCUGGUGGAGAGCCACACCAAGGGCAAGCUCUCCCCCAAGGCCGAGCAGGUGAUCCGGGGCAUGCACGCAGGGGACUUCUGCCUUCUGGAAGCCCUGGGCCGCAACCUGAACCCCCUGGCUUUCCGGGACGUCCUCCACGGAAUCAUAGAGGCCGGUCAUCGCUACCUUGCCAGCGCCCCGAGUCUGGGCACGUACCGGCCGCGCGACCCGUCCGCCCCCGCCGCUGAGAGGCUCUACCCGACGCUGCCCCAUAGCUAGGGGGGGGUGGGGGAGAGGGGGAAACUGGGCGUGGACGUGGGCCGGUGGGUAGGUAUGGGCGGGGGGCAAUGGGCGCGGAUUGUGUGUGUUGAGUGUGCGUGUUUAAAAGGAUGCUUUUUGUAAUCUCGUUUCGUUCAGUGGUAGUUCAGUUAAUAAAGAUUCUACAAAGAUUUUUCA